AUGUUCUUCGUGAGUAAAAUUGUUGAGGGCUGAAAAUAAAACUGUAUAUACAAUCGAUUGACGAAGAAAAAAAAAACCGUUAAUAUGAUUUUUAGUACACCCCAACGUAAAAUUGUUUAUAAAUCACGGGGGAAUUUCGGAAGUGUACGAGGCCGUCGACGUCGGUGUCCCAGUUCUCGGAUUCCCUCUUUUUUACGAACAGCCGAGAAACGUGGGCAACUUGGUCGACGCAGGAAAGACGUUGUCUAUGGACCUGUUGACGGUCAAUAAAAAUGAUUUUUUGGAAAAAAAUCAACGAGAUCAUCGAAGACGAUAA